GUUUUACUUUGUUUCUCAAAUAGCCUACCCCGCGUGUCUGUAUCGACUUUCACUCCAGACAAUUAAGAUUUCUGCUCACAAGUGACUGACUAGUGAUAAAAGAAAAGGUAUUAAGAGCAUCCAAAAAUGAAUUGUUUUCAUUUAGAUGACUUCCUUGCAGGGUGGAUUGGAGGAGCUUCCAGUGUUAUUGUGGGUCAUCCGCUGGACACAGUCAAGACUCGUUUACAAGCUGGGAAAGGAUACAAGAACACCCUUCACUGUGUCCUCCAAAUCUACAGAAAGGAAACUGUUGCUGGCUUCUUCAAGGGUCUCUCCUUCCCGCUGGCCAGCAUCACUGUGUAUAACUCAGUGGUGUUUGGAUUCUUCAACAACACACAAAGGGUUAUAAGCAAGUUCCGCCAUGGCGACGAGAAACAGUCGUGUGGUAUGCUGGACAUGACCCUGGCCAGCAUGUUGACAGGGCUGAUGUCAGUGGGACUCGGAGCUCCGGUCGACUUAGUUAAGAUAAGACUGCAGAUGCAGACUCUGCCCUGUCUAGCAGAGAACCUGAACAUUGCCGGGACGACCGGAAACGGGAACGGUAAUAUCGCUGUGCGCUCCGUGUCUCUCCAGGGCCAGCCGACCUACAGAGGGCCCAUCCACUGCAUCAGUUCCAUACUGCAGACUGAGGGGAUCCAGGGACUCUACAGAGGGGCCGGGGCCAUGGUCCUGAGAGACGUCCCUGGGUACACACUGUACUUCAUCCCCUACGCGUUGUUCCGUCGCUGGCUAUCCCCUGAAGGGAGGUCAUCACCUCAUCCCUGUUCUGUAUGGGUGUCUGGAGGACUGGCAGGUUCUAUCUCGUGGGUCACGGCUACUCCAGCUGACGUGGUGAAGAGCAGACUACAGGCUGACGCUCUCCACACAAGGAAAUACAGAGGGAUUGUACACUGCAUCGUCCAGAGCUACAAGACCGAGGGGAUACAUGUCUUUUUCCGCGGAGCCUCGGUGAACGCUAUCCGAGGCUUCCCCAUGAGUGCCACCAUGUUUCUGGGCUAUGAACUCUCUCUGCAGUUCUUCAGGGGUCUCUAGUAUCUACACCAGGAAUAUAAUGAAACAUUAUCUUGACAGCUAUCCUCUUGUCCUAGGACACCCCAAAUGUUUUCCCCGGGAAGAUCAUUUGAAUCCUUGCAAAAUGAACGUAGGGAGCGUCUUGACUUGAGAAUUGUUCUAGUUGAGAAUUAUCUGCGCUAUUCCCAUAAUAGAAUAUAUUUUUAAAGUGUAAAUACUAAUUUCUUAUAUUAAGAAAAUAUCUUCAUUAAAGUGCCUUACAUUAAUUGACAAAUGUAUACAUUUAAAUAUGUUGUGCUAUAAUAUACAGUAACAGUAUGCUUAAUAUUUUAAUAUAUAGCGGUACUGUAUAAAUGAACUAGUUUUAGUACCCAGCAGUUAACCAGUUCUAACCUCCAUAAUGAUAUGCACAUGAAUCAUUUAUAUUUUGUUGGUGCCAGGCUUUUAAUUCAAUUGUUUAAACUUUGUGAUUUGUAAAUAAGUAUGAGAGAAAUUAAAUGUCAUUCCACAAGGAGGCAUAGUUUUACUUAAGUUAUUUUCUUAAAAGUUAUUUUAAUGUGGGUUUUUGGGGGAAAUUCUUGUUACAGACCGUUUCUGUACACUUUUACUUGGAAAAUCUAAUAAACAUAUUGUUUCAAUUUAAA